UCUUCCAAACUUUUAUUUCCCGCCUUAUCAUUUCAAAAUCUAGCUUCUCCAACGCGGGGAGAGGUAAAUUAGGUGGUCCAUGCAGCCUCACAACCCACCUCUGAAAAUAAGUUGCAUCUAAAUGAGGUAACAGCUGCUUCUUACAGGAGGGGGAAAAAGACCCCAACCAAACAAAAAAACCCUCACUCUGGUCUAGUGAGGCUUUCAGUGGCAUCUGAGGGUGGUCUGUGAUCAACAGGCAUGGGAAACAGCUCCUUUUGGGAUGAUCUAAAUAGCUCCUGCAGCAACACAAGCAAYAGCUGCUACCUGGACAACAGCAUGAGGUUCAACUUCACCCUCCAAGAGCAGGCAGCUGAUUUCUAUGUCAUCCUGCCCGUGAUCUACUCAGUGAUCUGUGCUGUGGGGCUCACAGGCAACACUGCUGUCAUCUAUGUGAUCCUCAAGGCCCCCAAGAUGAAGACUGUGACCAACAUGUUCAUCCUGAACCUCGCUAUAGCCGAUGACUUGUUCACCCUCGUCCUGCCCAUGAAUAUUGCGGAACACCUCCUCCGCUACUGGCCCUUCGGAGAAAUCCUCUGCAAGGUCAUYUUGUCCAUAGACCACUACAAUAUCUUCUCCAGCAUUUAUUUCCUGACAGUGAUGAGCAUAGACAGGUACCUGGUGGUCCUGGCUACAGUCAGGUCCAAGAGGAUGCCCCACCGCACGUACCGAGCUGCCAGGAUUGUCAGCCUGUGCAUCUGGAUCCUGGUCACCAUCAUUGUCCUCCCUUUCAUCAUCUUUGCCAAYGUCUACACCGACGACCUGGAGAUCAAGAGCUGUGGGCUCAACUUCCCCAAGCCUGAGAGGUUUUGGUUCAAAGCCAGCAGGAUCUACACCCUCAUCCUUGGCUUUGCCAUCCCAGUGUCCACCAUCUGYAUCCUCUACACCAUGAUGCUCUACAAGCUGAGGAACAUGCACUUGAACUCCAAUGCCAGAGCCCUGGACAAAGCCAAGAAAAAAGUCACCAUUAUGGUCUUCAUAGUCCUGGCUGUGUUCCUCUUCUGUUGGACCCCCUUCCACUUGGCCACCAUCGUGGCUUUGACCACUGACUUACCCCAGACCUCCUUGGUCAUUGGGAUAUCCUAYUUCAUCACCAGCCUAAGCUAUGCCAAUUCAUGCUUGAAUCCGUUCUURUACGCUUUCCUGGAUGACAGUUUUCGGAAAAGUUUCCGGAAGUUGCUGGAAUGCAGGACUUCUUGAACAGGGGAUUGGGGCUGGCAGAUCCCUGCCCUCCCAGGGUUUUUCAGGGACACCUCUGCAGAC